AUGUUAGUGAUUGUCGGAAUCUUACUGAUUUUCGGCCUGGUAGUUCGGUACAAGUGGAAGAAUGGGGCUGCGAAGAAGGAGGAGAUUUUGAGGCUAGUUGCUGUAGCCUCGGAAGAGGAGGAAAGAAUUGCUAGGCUUCAAGCUUUUGAAGAGUACAGUUCACCUCCGCAACCUCAGCCGCAGCUCGAGAACCAACAUUAUUGUGCCGUUUGUUGCAGCCCCACUACUACAAGGUGCUCACAGUGUAAAGCUGUUCGAUACUGUUCUGGCAAGUGCCAAAUAAUCCACUGGAGACAAGGUCAUAAGGAUGAGUGUCGGCAAGCAACUUCACCUGGUGCUAGCUACAAAAGUGGAUAUGAUGUGGAAACUGCUUCAGAAAACCAUGCGACUCACUUGCAAAAUGAAAUGAAAAUAUGUUCUGAUGCCAGUCAAGAAUUUAAUAAUUCUCGAUCUUCAAGUAGCUCAACAUCUUGCUUCUAUUCUUCCACCGAACGUAGUGAAUCAUCAUCUGAUGCAUCUACUAGCGAGGCUGUUGAGUUUGAAACACCUAUCCAGCCAGAUAAAGCACUGCCUGUUGCUUUUCGUUCUCACAAGUCAAAAACUAUAUCUCGGUCGUGUGAUGCUGAAGUGCCAAGCCCAUCACCAUCUGUUUAUUCAGUUAAUCACCCACCAGGUGGCAGCAAGAUUGAAAAGACGAAGGCUGAUGAUAGCCUCAGGUCGACUAGCAUUAGAAAUAAAAGGAAUGGAGAUAGUGUUGCUGUGUUGGAAGAGUUUGGACAGGGUGGAAGUGAGUUGAGGACUGCAAGAUCCUCCAGUGCUGCAAGGACAUCUUCAACUGAAAAAUGUAAAAAUUUAGAUCCGAUGCCUGCUGAUAAAGUGACAAGAAUCGUUAGGUCUCCUGGUAACCGUGGUAUGCCAAAUGUAGAAUAUAAUUCAGAAUGCUCCAAAUCUUUGAAGAUGCUGCCUUCAGAUGAGUUUUGGAGAAAUGAAUCACAAGUCUCUUGCAGUAAUGAAAUGAAAUCAACACCUACAUUUGUAAGUACUGGAAAUUGUCAGAAGUUGCCUUCGAAAACGGAUAAUCGUCAUAUCAUUUCUUCGGAGACUGAAGGUGUUCGAAAUAUGCCACAAGAGACUAGCAAGAGUCUGAAAACAUCUGUACAGAAAUUGGUGCAACAUUUCAAAGCACCAAAGCAGAAUAUGGUGACAGACUUGGGUGGAACUUAUAAACAUAAGAAGGGACAAGCUACGAAAUCUCCUCUAUCCCCUGUUGGAUUACUGUCUCUAAUACAGCCGAUUGGGAGAGAAGAAGAUGCACAUGAGUUUUUGAGAAAUGUGGUAGACAAAAUGGAAUCAACAUGCCUUGAGGAUGCUGGUGCCUCUGGUUCAUCUUCUGAAGAUUCAAGCCUUAUGGGCCUGACUUUUGGCGGCUAUCUCCGGUCCAAGAUCAAAUGCAUGAAGUGUUCAGGAAGAUUUGAAAGAUUUGACCGAAUGAUGGAUCUUACCGUGGAGAUCGAUGGGAAUAUAUGGACACUUGAAGAUGCUCUUAAACAAUUCACAACAUCUGAGACACUUGGCGGAGAUGAUAAGUAUAAGUGCAGUAGAUGCAAGUCUUACGAGAAGGCUAAGAAGAAAUUGACUGUUCUUGAGGCCCCUAAUGUUCUUACAAUCGUUCUCAAGCGAUUUCGGUCAGGCAACUUAGAAAAGUUAAAUAAGUUUGUGAAGUUUCCCAAGGUUCUUAACCUUUCUCCUUAUAUGAGUGGAAUGAACGAGAAGUACCCCAUAUACGAGCUUUAUGCAGUGGUGGCCCACUUGGGAAUGAACGCUGCUUACAGUGGCCACUAUGUGAGUUACAUAAGGGAUUUCCAGGGGGAUUGGUUCAAAAUUGACGACAGCCUGGUAAGUCACGUGGACCUGGAGACUGUCUUGUCUGUAGAAGCUUACAUUCUCUUUUAUGCAAGGCAUUCUCCGCGAGUCCCAUCAUUGGUUAGGAGUACCAGUUUUCAUUCUGAUGCGAAAACCAAGAGAAAUACAGAAGCAACCUCCUCCAGUAACAUUUCCAAGAAAAAGAAUUCAAAGGCAAAACCAAACUUUUCUGGCCGGUAUGUGGACCCCACAUCUCCUCGUCAGCUUUCCGGCAAACAACUCCAUUGGAUGUCUCCAAAUGAUUUCAGUGGGGAGCAUGAGGUGGACCUUUAUGGCUGGGGAUUCCACAAAAACAACCCACUAGCUGACUCAUCAUCAAGCGACAGCUCAUCCAUUUUCAGCACAUCGGAUGCCGGUUCAUACAGUACUGACAGCACCAAGGACUCUAGUGCAGAGGAUAUAUCUGGAUAUUUUUUCGGGACUAGCACUAGCUGGUACAAACCGUAA